CUAAGAAGCCGGAUCAACCAAGGCUCAAAAUUAGUUCAGCUGUCUGGUCGCUGUCUUUAGAAACUACUGAGUGCAGCUGUUUCCUGAGUGAUUCAUCCGUUUGGUUUCUUCAUCACCUGUUCACAGAUCUCAUAUAAUCAUGAAAUCUUACUUCUUCUGCAUAAUCUUAUCUUUAAGCGUUUGUUUCAACAGAGCAGUAGAUGUUAGCGUGAAGAAUUCCCUUGUUUGGGGUCCAGGACUUGACAGUAGAGCAACUCUGCCGGCGAGAUAUUUUUUCAUUCAGAGUGUAGACAAAGGAGGCAACAAGUGAGAUCUUAGCAUUAAUUUAGCGUAAACUAGAAGAUAUGAACCUCAUCAUUAAAUGAAGGAAAAAGAGGGGAUAAUUAAGAAAUUUCUCAUCACCACUAUGAUGACUAUCAAAAUAACCGUUUGUUACUACGCGCUCAAAGUAAUUAAGUAUGAUGGGAGUUCCAAAUUUUCCCCUCCCCCCAGGGGGAAGUGGUGCUAGACCCAGAGAGAUUUUUUAAAAACUGUGGUUCAAGAAAAAUAACACCAAACGUACUUCAGUUUUGUGGCUGUAGACAUGGGUGACAGCUGAUGAAUUAAAUCUGGAAACAAGAGAUCCAUUCAUUUGUUGUGACUGGAUCAUUGUGUCGUGUUCUUUGAUAAAAUCACAAACUGAAACUGUUGAAAUGGAGGUAUUUAUUGUGCCAGAAAAAAGAGAAAUAAUUGACAAAAAUACACCCAUGUUAUACUUAAAAAAAAAACCCAAUUUGUCUCUGAAUAAAAGUAGAAUCACCUUCUCCCUCUUUUGCAAAAAAAGAUACGAUAGCUGUUGGUUGUUUUAUAGGUUUUUCAAAGUCUUCUGUUUCACACACCUUUAUUGAAAAUUCUCUCAAUUCUACUUUUUAAAUGUGUGAUUAUCAUUCUUUUUUGUCAGUCUUACAGAUUCUCCAGGCCAAGCUACCUUUGAUGUGAAAAUCACAAGCUCAUCUGGACGAGUAAGGGCUUGGGUUCAAAAGUUGGACAGGAAAGAUGGGUCAUUCAUUGUUCGCUAUAGACUGUUUGCAUCGUAUCCAGACCUUACUAUUGAAAUAACACACAAGGGCAAGAAUGUUGCUAACUCGCCUUAUAAAUUAGAGGGUAAGGGAAUGUAAUCUCUUCUGAUUUGCCAGUUGAAAAGAGUAGAAACAAGACAAAAAAAGUCACAUCAAUAUGUCUCUAGUAAGAUAACAGCCUUAUCCCAAAAAUCAGAUAUAAAAAUUUCCACACUUAACCCUUAACUCCCAAUAUCUUAUUAGUAAUCUCCAUAUGGUUCUUGUGAUGUUAGUUUGGAGAAUUUGGUAUUGGAUCAAAUAAUAAUCCCCUAAUCAAUAUUUUUCAUUGUUCUCAUCACUUGUCUGCUUGAAAUUGUAUUGAUUUUGUAAGGAAAAAUUCUCUCAUGGUCACCUAUGGGAAUUAAAGGAUUUGAGAUAUGUUUGUCCUUUAACUGUGGAACUUGUCAUCAUGAUAAUGAUUCUUAUCAGUUCAUUUAUUGAUUAACAAUCCACAGGGGGAGUAUACCAUGAGACUUGUUACUGCCCAGAAUCAAGUGAGGAAGCCUGGUUAGAAGCCAUGAAUUGUUCACAGAUGUACCCACAAAUCCAAAAGGAUCUGAUGCCAUUUGAUAAAGUAGACUUGAAAGAAUUGUCCAAGGAAGCCGUUCAACGGUUUGGAAAACAUCAUUCAUUGUGCCAUUAUUCUGUUAUCAACAAUCAGGUAAUUCAAAACAGAUGGAAGCAGAUAAGUUAAGUUAAAUUUGUUAUUAGUGUACUGAAGUAAAAACUCAUGAUUUGACAUUGAAGGACAAAAUCUUCCUUUGCAAGCACAGGUGUAAGAAUGAUGUUAUGUUAAUAUUGUAAACUGUUGCUUAUUAUAAACCAGGGGCGUAUAGGUGGCAUUUUAUUUUAUGUCAUUUCCCCUUCCUGCAUAGAAUAACAAGAAUGAAAAAUAUGUUUCACCUUACACUCUUACUGGGAAUCAUAAUCAAUUGACAGAAUUAGGACCCUUACAUUUGAUUUCAAAAAAUUAAAAAGCGGUUUUUAAUUUUACUGUGAAGUAGCAAUCUUCUCCAUAGUCAACCUGGGUGAUAGAUGUGUAAUGGAAAGCUUUUAGUUCAAUGACUUUUUUGUUGUAGGUUUAUCGGAAAACUUAUGGACAACAUGUGGGAUUUUCAAUGUUUAUGGAUAACAUACUCUUGUCUCUUGCCAGAAAGGUAAAAAAUAUUUGAACAAGUUACAAUAACUUUGUUUCAGGCAUAUCAAAGAUUAUCUUAUCUUAUCUUGCAGUCUUAUUAUAAUAGAAUGAUUAAUAGAAUAUAGUUGAAAAUAAAGAGAAAGAUUUUUCGUGCAAUAAUUUUCACAUUUGCAUCAGACAUGUAUUUGAGAAUUAUCUGUCUCUGAAAUAACCCAAAAACUAAUUCUGCACUCUCUGCCAGUUACUGGCUUUUACUGAAACCUUUGGAAGAUCACCAAUUUAGUUUAGUUCUGCAUUAUUUAAAGUCACGAUUUUCUUUAAUUUAUUUUUCCUUUGUUGAUAGGUGCUUCUGCCUGACAUGGAGUUUUUUGUCAAUCUUGGUGACUGGCCCCUUGUGGAGCAUAACACAAAACCUAUCCCUAUACUAUCCUGGUGUGGUUCAGAUGAAACACUGGACAUCAUCAUGCCAACGUAUGAUAUAACAGAGUCCACACUGGAGACUAUGGGAAGGUAUGGUCUCUAAAUUAUAAUGUUGGAUGCUCUAAUGGCAAGAUAUCCUUAUCUUGAAGUCUGAUUUGUCCAGUGGCCUUAAUAGCUCCUUUGAGUGGUGAGGAUUCACCAAUUACCAGACCAGUAUUUAACCAAAUUUUUCUCUUAUUUUAUAAACACUCAUCUACACUCCAAGGUUUUCUAGUUAAGAAAUGGAUUGAAAAAUAAAUUGUGUAGAGUAAUGAUGUGUGAAUGAAAAAUAGGACAGGCCUUCAAAAUUUAUGUGGAGACUUCUCAAAGAGUACCUAGAGAAUUCUCUGAUCUUUAGUCACCUAUGAGACACUCUGAUAUUCCCACAUGGAAGGAAGCACUGUGGAAAUAUAUUGUCUUACCCAGGAGCAUGAUGUUCAGUAAUGGUUCCAUUAAAUGCUUGAAUCUUGACUUAACAUUCAGAAGGUGACUGGCACCCACAACAUCUCAACUCAUACUUCAUUAAAGUUUAAAUCAAUUGCCAGUUUCUUACAGUUUACUACACUAAUUGUAUAAUGACCCCAGCAAGCUCAUCUCUGACUUUCUAAGGAGAUCUCCCUAAUCAGUUGAUAGAUUUUAAGCUUUUGGUACCUUUUUCGUCAUUGUUUCCUUAUGGUUAACCCAGACUAAACUGUGCACCUGCCUUGAGAAUAGCUUUGUUUGAAUUUCAGAGUUUCCCUGGAUAUGCUGUCUGUGCAGUCCACUGAAAGUCCAAAAUGGCCAGACAAGAUAAACAAAGCACUUUGGCGUGGCCGUGAUAGUAGAGAAGAAAGACUCAACUUGGUUAUCAUGGCAAGGAAGAAGCCUGAGCUAUAUGAUGCUGCACUUACAAACUUCUUUUUCUUUGAAUAUGAUGAGAAAAAAUAUGGUCCUAAAGCAAAACACAUUUCAUUCUUUGAUUUCUUUAAGGUAAGCACCCCUAUAGCAGCUGAGUUACUCCACAAAAGUAGACUCUAGUGAUUCCUCACCCAAAAAUCAAGCCUUGUUAAUUUAAUCUUUCUUUCUAACUGCCACUUAGAGUUAUUGUUAAAAAUCUCCUCCAUGAUAGCUUUCAUUAUUGCUCCAUUCUUACUUUUACAGUUGUCUUAGAGAUUGACUGAAUUCCUUGCCAAGUCUGUGAGGUUUAAUAGAUUAGCAAGAGGUACAGGGGUGGGUUGGGUUGGAGGCUGUAAUGAGGGCUGGCACUGUAUCUUUUUGUAAGUAUGUGUUCACGCCUCACCCUUCACCCUUAUGCUCUGUCCAUUUUAUUUCUAGUGGAAGUACCAAAUUAACAUUGAUGGAACUGUGGCGGCAUAUCGCUUGCCAUACCUGUUAGCUGGAGAUUCUUUGGUAUUAAAACAACAGUCACCGUAUUACGAGCACUUCUAUGGCGAUCUUCGACCUUGGAUACAUUAUGUGCCUUUUAAAAGAGAUCUGAGUGACUUGGAAGAAAAGUUAAAGUGGGCUAUGGACAAUGAUGAAAAGGUAUCUAAAGCUCAGGGGCUGAGUAACAAAGUAACCAGCAGAAAGGAAAAAGGGAGGAAAAUUUGCAAACAGUGAUUGGAUUGAAUGAAGCCUUGUAUCAUCUUGUAUGAGAAAUUCUGAACAAAUAUGUAGACCUGUUUUUAACUCCCACAAGUGAUGAAGGGAGAAGGAAGAAUUACGAAAUAAAUCGCGGCAAGGAAAGGGUAAAUCAGGUUUACUAAUGAUCAGGUGUAGCUGUCCCAAUGAAUUACCUUAGUCUUAAAGCAGCCAUUAUUUGAUGAAGGAACAUCCAAAGGUUAGAGCGAGCUUCACGGUAGUUAACAACUAUUCACCGAAGUAUCGGUGGCUAGCGGUGGAUAUUUACCGAGCCGCAAACUUAAAACGGUUUAAGUGGCCCUUUAUUCUUUGUUUUAGCCAAAAGAUGAUUACUGCAACAAUUACGAUGUUUUCAGGCGCGCGAGUUGCUUGGAGGUGAAUGGCAAGGGAUAGUCGGAAUUUGAAUAGCAGGUCCAGGCGCGCCUUCGACGCAAUACAGUGUUUAGUAUAUACAUGUACUAUUGAAAGAUAUACUAAGUGUUUUGAGUGGUUAUUUCAGCACCUGUGAAAACAAACUGAUGUGUACAAUCCAUUUCUAUCACUAGGUCAAGGAGAUAAUAAAGAACGCUCAGUCAUACACGAGAGAUAACCUGCUUGCUGAUCAGAUCUUCUGUUAUCACUAUCUUCUUUUCCAGGUCAGUUUGAUCUCGUCUUCCUCUAUGGCGCUGCCAUCCACAUAUCAUCCAUUUGUUUACUCAGAUCAGUGAAAUUUCACACCAUACCAGCUAAUAGUCGUGUGAUUUGGAAUGUCAGCCGUAGCUCCAAAGAUGCCCCAACUAUCCUGCUUUCAAUCGAUUUUCUUCAUAAAAAAGACAAAAUGUCAGGUCUUCUCGGCUGUAGCCACCCACCCGGAUUCCAUUCAGAGUCCAACUAACUUAAUCUGUAACUGUUAUAAGAAGUUCAUUGCGGUCAUUUAAUCAAUCUGUAGUUUUCUUCACCUUCUUAAUUGUGUGGUGUAAAAGUGACAAAACAAAAGAAAAACCAAACGAGGUAAUUUUUAUCAUUAUUUAGGAGUAUGCUAAGCGCCAGACAACCAAGCCUACGAAACAUUCAAAUAUGGAACACAUAAAGCAACCAAGUGAUAGAGAUUCGGAAUGUAACUGUAUGAAAAACAGGGAGGUA